CCAAAGGAUAAGGUCAUAACCGUACAGCUGUAGCCGGAAUCAAAAGUUACGAGAACCGUUGGGGAUAUUCGCGAAACAACUGUUGCUUUAGCCACAAACUCGGAUCGAACAAAGCGAGUCCGUUCGUGCCCGAAACACCAGUGCCAUUUAAAAAGUAAUAAAACACUGAUGUAACGCAGUGACAAUAGACUGCAAUUACGGCGGUUUAAGUGAUUCAUAUUGCGUGUUAAAAAUUUUCGGGGAUAAUAAUAACGACCACAAUGGAUCAAAGCGACCAAAAGCGCUCAGUGUAACAAACACGGUCAAUGAAUAAUCCCGUCCAGGAAAGUUUUAAUGCGAGAAUGAGCGCCACUGCUGAAAGUCCCGAAGAGGUGGAAGGCGUUAACGGAACGUUCCAAGGAUUCGAUUAUGGUCUCCUCGUCCCUAUCUCGAGUAAUGUCCCCGAGCCAGACACUGGCGAAAAUCUGAUGCCCAUCUGGGUGAAAGUGUUAUGGACUAUCAUUUUUCUGGGGAUGAUUCUGGUGGCGACUGGGGGAAAUUGCAUCGUGAUCUGGAUUGUUACUGCACAUCGUAGAAUGAGAACUGUCACGAACUACUUCCUAGUGAAUCUGAGCAUGGCGGAUCUCCUCCUGACGACAUUCAACUGCAUUUUCAACUUUUCGUACAUGAUUCAAAGAGAUUGGCCGUUUGGGAGUCUCUAUUGUAUUAUCAGCAACUUUAUUGCGAAUGCCACGGUUGCAGCCAGCGUUUUCACAUUGACUGGAAUCUCAUGUGACAGGUAUUUAGCCAUCGUGCAUCCCCUGCAACCCCGAAUGUCAAAAAAAUCCUCUCUCAUCGCGAUUACAGUUAUUUGGUUGGCGAGCAUGGCGGUGGCUUUUCCUUGUUUACUCUACUCGACUACAAUAACCAACAAGUAUAAAGGAAAAGAGCGCACUGGAUGCAUCCUAAUCUGGCCAGACGGCAAAGUCGUAGGAUCUCAUUUCGACUUUGCAUACCAGAUGAUAUUCAUAAUAAUAACGUACGUGAUUCCUGUGACUUUGAUGUCCUUUUCGUACACUAUCAUGGGUAAGGAGCUUUGGGGGUCGCGUUCAAUAGGAGAAAUGACGCAAAGGCAAAUUGACUCAAUUCGUUCGAAAAGAAAGGUAGUCAAGAUGUUCAUCCUCAUCGUCUUCAUCUUCGCAAUUUGCUGGCUCCCAUAUCACGGCUAUUUCCUCUACGUCUACUACGACACUGAUAUAAUUUUCAGUAAAUACACGCAACAUGUAUAUCUCGCAUUUUACUGGUUCGCUAUGUCGAAUGCCAUGGUGAAUCCCCUGAUUUAUUACUGGAUGAACGCAAGGUUUCGUCAAUACUUUAAAACGGCCAUUUGUGGAUGGAAGAAGUGCAUUUUUCACAAGAAGUGCAAAGGGGACGAUUCUUCGAUCACGGAACGGCCGUCACAUUCGUUUGGUAAAUCAGGGUAUGGCGGUUCCAGAAAAUCCAGAAGAGGAAACCGGAACCAAGACGACAGUCCGAUGAAAGUUGGAACGAACGAGACGCCGCCACCGACUCCGAAGAACCAAAACGACGAAGACAAAGCCAACUCUUCAAAGAAUAACCGAAGAAGUUGGAUACGGAGUUCGUUUCAAAACGAGAGCAAAAAGACGAUAACUGUGAACUUAUAGCCGAUGAGUGUGUCCGAAUAAUGAAUUGUUAUUGUGAUAAAUAUUUCAAAUGUUAAUUAGUAUUGUGAAUUGUCAUUAAGGUUUAACUAUUUGGGGCAGAAAGCAUUGUUAGAACUGUUUAAUCAAUGAGUGCUUUCUGUCCGAACGCAGCUUUAAUAUAAACAAAGACUUAAAAGCUUGUUAUUUCGGUUUAAAAUACUUUGAUGUGAUGGGUUUUGAUCGAUUUUAAAACAUUGACAGAAAAAAUUCUGUGAUAUCUGAUAAUAAUAAUGAUACAUAUUUUUAUUCAUUGUUAUUUAUUCCUAUAGUUCGUUCAAUUUUGCAAUUUUCGACAAAGUUUUAGAAAUAUGAAACAACAAAAUUGUGAUAAUUUGUUUUCAAACGGUGUUAUAAAACUCGUUUCCUACAAACAAGUUUAACAAUUAAUAUUUAAAUUAUACAAGUUUCUGAAGACGCAUUUCCUAGUGGAAAAGUUCGUAAAUAAAUAUCAAUAGCGAAUAGAAAUUAUAGCUUUUGGAGUUUCAGUGCACCAGUUGCCACAGCAGGUACGGUUGUUAAUUUAACUUAUUCACAAUUUGAAUUUAUAGUAAAUUCAAAACACUUUUGCAUUUUAAAUAGAAACAUUUUGUAAGUAAAAAAUAUUAUUAUAAUAACAAUAAAUAAAAAUAUAAACUUGCGAGUUUUUAGUGCAAUU